AUGGAUCAUUUGAUGGUGGGGGUCGCGCUUCCAAACCGUUACUGGAAGACCUCCACUAUAGAUGGGACUGUCAUCACAACCUCUACUAUUUAUGAAAACUUGUGGAUGUCCUGUGCCACAGACUCAACUGGGGUGCAUAACUGCAGGGAGUUUCCUUCGCUGCUUGCUUUGAAUGGUUACAUCCAGGCUUCUCGUGCUUUGAUGAUCAUCUUGAUAGUGUUGGGCACCUUUGGACUGGUGGCGGCUCUGAUAGGAGUUCAGUGUUCCAAAGCAGGAGGAGAAAACUAUGUUCUCAAAGGGAGGAUUGCAGGCACUGCCGGGGUCCUCUUUAUACUUCAAGGUGUGUGCACUAUGGUGUCAGUGUCCUGGUAUGCCUUCAAUAUUACUCAGGACUUCUUUGACCCUUUCUAUCCUGGGAUAAGGUAUGAAAUAGGAGAUGAGGUGAUCUUCCGUGCCGAUGCCUGGCCUCCAAUUUGUUGCAAGGUCACUGUCCUGCUGCGGCGCUCCUCCUCCACCUCUGCUCUGAUCUCUUCCUCGAUCAGCUGCCUCCUGUCUCUCCCCUGA